CAUCUCACAAUGCUGCCAAGUAGAGGGCUGCGGCCCGCCCAGUUCGCUCCCUUGACUUCGCGCCAAUCAACGUAUAUCUCUUGUAAUGCAUCAAGAAAGUUCUCUUCCCUUCCCCGCACCGCCGGUCUCCCUCCCUCCUCUCGCACAAGCCCGCUGUCCGCUCAAUGGAGAGCUGGCGCAGGCGCAAACUCGCACAUCGCCCUGAACGCAUCGUCAAUUCGUUACGGAUCCUGGUAUGCGCCAUGGAGCUGGGGUCGCUCCAGCACACCGGGCGCACCCACCGAAACAGUACCCGUCGCCGAGUUCUCGAAUACGCCUACACCACCCGCACCCACACCCGCACCAGCAUUCGAGCCAGAGGUUACCACUGCCACCCCCGAGAUCGCGCCCGCGGGUAUCGACAAGGCUGCCGUCACUGAGAGCACCGUCACACCAGCUGAGGGCACAUCAUCGACCCUUGACGCGCAGACGCUGGAUAAGCUCCUCGGCAACACCCCUGUGAAGGAUGUAAUUCCCAGGGCAGAGAUUGAUCCCACACAGCUCAUCGACCACCCCGGACAGCUUGCAGAGCUGGGACUAGACUACGGCUACGGCGUCACGACUAUGUUUGAGAAGCUCAUCGAGACAAUGUAUCUGCAGACAGGCUGGGGCUGGGCGGGAACCAUCAUGGCAACCACUGUCGUUGUGCGUAGCGGCAUGUUCGUGUUCCAGGCCCUCAGUUCAGACAAGAUGGCUGCCAUGGCCGCCUUGAAGCCAGUUACUGGUCCUUUGCAGGAGAAGUUGAACGCUGCUAUCGCCGCAGGCGACAAGCAAAAGGCGGAUUUGAUCAAGAUGCAGCAGGCAGCAGUCUUGAAACCUCAUCUGGGAGGAAUGUUCUGGAUGGGAGGUUUCACAGCUGUCCAGGCCGUUGUUGGUUUCUGCGCCUUCCGAUGCCUCAGAGCUAUGGGUGAACUGCCUGUUCCUGGAAUGGCGCACGAUGGUUUUCUAUGGUUCACUGACCUGACCGCUCGGGAUCCCUACUUCAUUCUGCCGGCUACUACCACCUUUAUCAUGUACAAGAUCUUCAAGAGCGGUGGCGAGACUGGUGUUGCAGACGCAACCGCAGAGGCUGCCUCACGGCGGAAGUUGAUGACCGGUAUGGCCUUCUUCAUCGGUAUCAUCACUGCGUUCCAGGCCUCCGCUCUGCAGCUUUACUUCCUGGUGUCUGGUCUCCUUGGUGCCUGCACCGGCUACCUCCUCAAGCAAAACGGCUUCAGGCGCAUGAUUGGCAUCCGAGCCCUUCCUACCCCAGAAAGCAACGAAGUCUUCUCCAAGGUCGUCAAGGGUGAGCUCAAGCUCAAGGACAUCAAGGGCCCCGAUGGCAAGAUCCGCUACCAGCCCCCCACUCAGCUGAACACCAAGUCCGCCCUCGGCACCACACGCCGCAACGCUACCCUCGCUGGCGGCGCCAUCAAGAUCAAGGAGGGCGCCACACUGCCUUUGCACAUGCGUGCCGAGCAACCCAAGAUCGACAAGGAGUUCCCUGACCGCGACGCCGAUUUCGAGGAAGGCCCCAAGGGCAGCCUGAGCGAGAAGAUGGACUACUACCGCCGCAACUACAAGAUGGCGUACGUCAAGCGCAGGAUGAACGACAGCAUGAGGGGCAUGAUGCAGAGGGCUGGAUACGACGUUGGUACCAACCUGAGCAGGGAAGAGGAGAAGAGGAAGAGGAAGGCGGAGCAGUAUGAGGUUGAGAGGAAGAGGAGGUUUGAGAACAGGAGGUAGAUGAUCGACUGAAGCUGUACAAUACUGCAUGUUUGGGGUUAUCACGGGCACAGGCAUGGGAUGGCGG